GUCUUGCUCGUAUCAUCCAAACAAAAUAGAAAGAAAACAAUACACAUAAUUUGAAUUCCACGAUACAAUAAGAGAUGAAGGUUUUUUAUGCAUAAUUGAAGUAGCACUUACGUUAAAUAGUGAAAAUAUUCAUAUCUCGAAAGAAUCACAUGCCUUACAUUUGUUUUAAAUUGUUCAUGUAUAAUAUAAGUCAAAUAAGUCAUUAAAAAACGAUAUACACUUUGUAGGAAUUUGAUAUUAUAAUGUUAGAGUUACAUACUUCACACAUGCAUUUACGCUUCUUUUCCUGUGGGUGGCAGUGUUGUCCUUCUGCGCUUUCCCAGGUAAUUAUUCUGAGGUGCGCUAAUGAAUCUUCUCAAUUUUCAAGUAGGAUCGAGGUCAGAUACAUGUUGAUGGGCAUUACUCGUGAGGCAACAGCGAACGAUCUCACGGCACAAAUAAGAGAAGAAAAAAAAACACGGAGCCUUUACUGUUCUGUCUUGGACAUCUACUCCGCCAAUGUGAUGCAUUCACUUGCACAAGAAAUAAAGUCAUUUUCUAAAAAUAAGUUGCGCAAACAAUGCACCAGAGUGACGACUUUGAGCGGCAGGCGGAUUAUUGAAACAUGGAAAGGUUCUAUUGUACAGGUGGUUGAGGACACACUACAGCCUGAAACAGCAUGUGGAUAUGUUCAAGAUAAUAGCUGGGACCUUCAGGUUGGAUGUAUUAAACCUCAUCUAUUGCUUGGUUCGCAAGAUGCUGCACAUGACUUUGGUACUUUGAGGAAAUAUAAGGUCACGCAUGUAUUAAAUGUGGCAUAUGGUGUGGAAAAUGCCUUUCCUGAUUUGUUCAUCUAUAAGACACUGAGCAUACUGGAUCUACCUGACGCUGAUAUCAUAUCAUAUGUCCAGGAGUGUGCACAGUUUAUAGACCAAGCUAAAGCUGAGAAAGGAGUUGUGCUCGUUCACUGCAAUUCAGGAGUUUCACGUUCUGUGUCCGUAGUCAUUGGAUAUCUGAUGUUAAGAGAAAAGCAGGCAUUUGAUGAUGCGUUUGCUCUGGUGAAAUCAGCUCGCUCGGUUUCAUGUCCAAACCCAGGUUUCAUGGAACAGCUGAAGAACUUCAGACCGCAAGGCGCUACACAAGCAAAUGGUUUGAAUCAUGAUUGAGCAUGAAUCUAUGACUGCGCUCACUGAAUGUUGAAUUUUACAGCCACCAGUGCUUCCAUGGCAGUUUAAUGUGGUUUAAAGUUAGAAAUGUUCUUAUAAGUGCUAAUAUAGUAAUACAUUUAUUGUUAAAGAAAAGACUUACAGAACAAUAACACACACACACGUCUCCUUUUGAAUUUAUUAGUUGGAAAUGGGGUUGAAUUGGCUACGCCCAACAGAAUGUGGAGUGGGUAAUGACAGGAAGUGGAAUUUACUGAAUUGCAACUUAAAUUCAACAUGACAAUGCAGUAGAUUAGUGCAUUCUGGGAAACGAACCUCAUUUGAUUAUGAAUAUCGUUCAAAGAAUUUUGCGUGUUGUAACAUGUUUAUCUGUAAUUGAUGCAAAAAUAUGCCUAUAUGACUUUAUUUUAAAGUCAUUCUAUUCCAUUUCCAUUCUUUAAAUUCCAUUCAGAAUGAUACAUCUGCAUCCUGCCUGCUACCUCAAUUAUAAUUCUGUUUAAAUUUAGAAAUUUGAUGAGAAUUUAAAGUUGAGAGUGUCUCUGUCUUUGUAGUAGUUACUAUAAAAUCAUAAUACAUUAAUGUGUACUAUAGUGCAUCUUUUAAGAUGUAGUUAUCUUCCAAAUAAAUGAAUCUUCCCAUUCCACCAGAUGAUGAUUUUUUCUUUCGACAGUGACACCUUGUGGCCACAUCGAGCAUUAACAUCAGUUUGGUAACAAGUUUAAGUUUAUUUUAUUAAUAAAGACCAGCUGUUCCUGUAUACACAGUAGCUCGGCCUUUGAUAGUAGAACUAUGUCUUUGUUUUUUUUCCAUUAAUAGCAUCUAUAAUGUUUGUGUCAGAAAGUAGCUAUAAUAUCUUCCAAAGAGAAGGACAAAACUGUUGUUGCUGGUAUAUUACACAUUUACAGUUAAUUUUCUUUUAUAAUUUUUGUAAUUUGAAUUACAUAUAUUUAUGUUUGUUCAUAUAAGAAUUUUAAUCUUUUAUAAAUCCUUCAAUUAAAUUCUACUUUACGCUUAUUUAUUUACAUUGUGUUGUGAUGUGUUUUUCUAAAAGUGGUUCUUGGUUGAAAAAUGCUUGUGAAGAAUU